AUGAAAAAUGAGUGUAUUAAUNGAAAGUUGAGGGUCUCCGGCGAACGGAUGACCGAAGGCAACAAGUGGCUCCGAUUCUACAAGGAGCUAGAUGUCCCCACCGAUAUUGACACCGACAACAUCUCUGCCAAGUUCAAGGAUGGCGUCCUCUUCGUCAAACACCCCAAAAAACUCUCUGCCGCUACUUCCACCAACCUACCGGAGAAGUCAACGUCCAAGCCCAAGCCCAAGCCCAAGCCCAAGCCCGAGCCCGGUAAACCCAAAGCCGAUCUCCAAUCACCGGCCGGGAAACCCACAGCCGAUCCCCGAGCACCGGCCGAGCCUCCGAAGCCAGCGGCCGGGAAACCCACAGCCGAUCCCCGAGCACCGGCCGAGCCUCCGAAGCCAGCGGCCGGGAAACCCAAAGCCGAUACCCGAGCACCGGCCGAGCCUCCGAAGCCAACGGCCGGAAAUUCCACAACCGACCAACCAGCUGUUCGACAAAAUUCCCCAAAGAGCCAAGAUCAGAAACGUCAAUUACAAUCAAGUAGCAAACUAGGCCCCCCCUCUUCCCCAGGGAUACAAGAUAUGGACAAAGCUUUAGAGGAUCAGCAGAAUCGCACACCCGGCCCACCAACUGUCCCACAGAGACAAAAUGAGGAGCCUCAAGAACAGGCACAUGGGGAACGAAUCCCCCCUCCCCAAAAGGAAAAAACACACACAAAUCUGAAGGAAGCUUUGGAGGAGACAAGAGAUGAGGAAAGGGGGAAAGAAGAAAUUGGGUCGAAAAUGGGAGAGGGCAAAGGGAAGGAGGAGGAGGGCAGCCAUGGAAGGGAAGAGAAGGAAGGUGAAGUUGCAGAGGAGAGGAGGAGGAGGAGGAGUGAGGGAACGGUGGAAGAGAGUUUCCUGUGGAGAAGAGAAGGGUACAAACAGGUUAUUGAUGGGGUGGUGAAGGAAUUGAGGACAACUAUGGUGACUUUGGUUUUGGGGAUUGCUGUUCUUGUGAUUCUGUAUCUGAAAGUUACAAACAAAGGUCAUGUGGAUGAAGAAUUGUGAAGAACCAGUCAUGAAGCUCUUGUUCAUAAGUGAACAACUCAAAUAUGUCAAAUUGUUUAUUCAAAAUGAUGGAAAUAAAAUUGCCAUAUUUACAAUUACUUACUA